UGAAAACAAAAUGGACGACGAUGAAGAUCGGGAAGCAGAAGUUGACAUCUGCAGAGUGUGUCGAACCGAAGCAACACCAGAUAAACAGCUUUUUCAUCCCUGCAUAUGUACAGGAAGCAUCAAAUAUAUACACCAAGAAUGUUUAUUACUGUGGUUAAAACACAGCAAAAAAGAAUAUUGUGAAUUAUGCAAUCACCGCUUUACUUUCAAACCAAUAUAUUCACCCGAUAUGCCAACCCAUCUUCCCAUCAAAGACUUCAUAAGUGGUCUAGCAAGAAAUAUCCUAAGAGCAGUACGUUAUUGGCUACAUUACACCCUUGUCGCAAUAGCGUGGCUUGGAGUAGUGCCUAUCACUGCAUAUCGAAUUUAUAGAUGUCUUUUCACUGGUUCUGUCAGUUCGCUUCUCACCUUACCAUUAGACAUGCUCUCAACUGAAAAUGUUCUGAUGGAUUGUAUCCGUGGCUGUUUUGUAGUUGCAUGUACACUUUGUGCCUUUAUUAGUUUAGUAUGGCUCAGAGAGCAGAUUGUAUUGAAUGGUGGCCCUGAAUGGUUACAUCAACAAAUAGAUCCAAUAGCACGUUUACCAGGCCACCUCUUUGAUGGACAACAAGGGGGAGACCAGGCAGGUGAAGAUGGUGAUCAAAAUGGUGCAAAUCCCGAUCAAGCAGAAGCUGGAGUACAAGCAAAUGCCGAAGAUAUUGAUGAUGAUGACAAUGACGCUAAUCAAGCGAUGGAUAAUGCAGUUGUUAAUAAUGAUGAGAACAAUUGGAAUCCUGUGGAGUGGGAAAGAGCAGCUGAAGAACUGACCUGGGAAAGAAUGCUUGGUUUAGAUGGCUCAUUGGUGUUUCUGGAACAUGUCUUCUGGGUUGUUUCUCUCAAUACAUCAUUUAUAUUAGUCUUUGCAUUUUGCCCUUUCCAUAUUGGACAAUUUGCUGUGAUUUUAAUGUCAAUUGAAGAAACGGUCCAAUCAUCCAGGUUUGAAGGAGUGCUAAAAACCGUCCUUGGAUAUGUAAUAUUAGCUUUCUUACUUGUCUUUUGUCAUUGUGUUUCAUCAAUAUUGGCUUUGAGAAAAGCUAAGAGAGUAUUUGGACUGUGUUAUGUUGUUGUAAAAGUUUCUCUAUUGAUGGUUGUUGAGAUUGGUAUAUUUCCAUUGGUGUGUGGUUGGUGGCUUGAUAUCUGUUCCCUGGCCUUGUUUGGUGCUACUUUAAAAGACCGUAUGCAAAGUCUGAGUAGUGCUCCUGGUACAGCCAUGUUUCUUCACUGGCUAGUAGGCAUGGUCUAUGUAUUUUACUUUGCRUCGUUUGUCCUGCUGUUAAGAGAAGUUCUUCGUCCUGGUGUGUUAUGGUUCCUCAGGAAUCUUAAUGAUCCUGACUUCCAUCCUGUACAAGAGAUGAUUCGGUUACCUGUGUAUCGACAUGCGAGAAGAUUUCUUCUGUCUUUGGUUGUGUUUGGUACAACUGUUCUUCUCAUGAUGUUUCUGCCUGUCAGUCUCAUCAAGUGGUGUAUCCCAAAGUUCCUUCCCUAUAAUGUGCAGCUUUCAAGUGAAGCUCCAGUAAGUGAAUUGUCUCUUGAACUUCUCCUUCUUCAAGUGGUCCUACCUGCUGUUCUAGAGCAAGGACACACAAGACAGUGGCUUAAAAGCGCCAUCAGAUUUUGGGCUGUAUCUGCYGCGUAUAUUUUAGGUCUACGAUCGUAUCUUYUGGGAGAUGUCUCUUUAGAUGGACAAGAAAAUGUGUACGGCUAUGGCCUUGCUAACAAUGGACAACCAAUCAAUGCCAACAACGGUAAUGACAACGAUAAUGCUGGGCAACCUGCACAGCCAGUUGUACACAAUGCAGAUGGAACUGUGUUUGGUUUUCAGCCUUACAUCAGACCAAAUGCGUUUUCUCUAAAGAUCGCUAUGCUAGUGUUGUUUAUGUGCGUAUCCAUGUCCUUUGCAAGUUUUGUGACCCUAACAGUCCCAGUGUGCAUYGGGCGUACCAUCAUGUCUCUAUGGAUGGGUAAACUACCUGUACAUGAGUUGUACACAGCUGCUUGUGGCCUGUAUGUCAUCUGGGUUAUCUGCAGGCUCUGCACUGUGACUCUGUCAUGGGUUCCUCUUGGUUUCCAAGGAAUGGCUGAGAAAGUUGGCGGCUGGAUUUUAUUGGGACUAAAAUUGGUAUUCAUUGCUGCAAUACUCAUUGGACUAGUUCCAUUUCUACUCGGCCUGYUGUUUGAGCUCAUUGUGGUCAUUCCUAUACGAGUUGCGCAUGACCAAACCCCUCUCUACUUCCCCUGGCAGGACUGGGCCCUGGGCGUCCUGCAUAUGAAAAUUAUUUGCGCCGUGACAAUGAUGGGACCAAACUGGUGGCUGAAACGAGUCCUUGAACAAGUGUACAAUGAUGGCAUUCGACAUGUAAACACAAUGUUUAUCCUUAGGAAACUAGCGGCACCUGUYGUCUUCACUCUUCUUUUAUCCCUUGCUGUCCCUUAUUUUAUAGCUGCUGGCAUUGUACCCAUAUUUGUCGAAUCAACCGAGACAAGACUGUACUGCAUGCGACGUAUUUAUCCAUUCCUGUUGGCCGUGAUUCUGGUAGUUGUGUGUGCAGUAUUCCAAGGAAGACAGUUUCAACGUCUUUAUGAACGAAUCAAAAACGAUAAAUAUCUUGUUGGCCAACGACUUGUCAACUACGAACAUCGAAAACGCGCGGAAACUUUAUAAAUAAUACCGAAUAAAACCCAAAAAUUGACAGAAAUUAAAAUCAUCAGUUGUAAUUUUGUGCUGUUAUAAAAAUACGAUAAAGUUUUUGUUCAGA